AUGGCCCUGGGACGUGACACUGUGUGUGAUCUCUUCCUCCUGGACCUGGAUAUGAUGGGCAGAGGGGGCAGAUUCCUGGGCCUGAAGGAGAUGGCGCUCUCCCUCUACCACCUGCUGCUGGUCCCCACCCGCCUGCUGCUGAAGCUCUCCAAGCUCUUAGACUGGCUGGCCAUGCGUAGUGCCUCCUACCUGGCGGCGGCUGCCUACUGCCUGUGGGUGCUGUGGUUGGUGCUGACCCAGGGGCCGUGUCGGGCCUUCCGCUGGAGGGUGCGAGAGACGCCACCACCGUGCCUUACCGAUGCCUCCUAUGGGGAGCACCGCUACCUGCAGCUUAAGAGCCCAGGGCUGCGUUUGCACUAUGUCACAGCUGGCCAGGAGGAGGCGCAGCUCAUGCUGUGUCUGCACGGAUUCCCCCAGAACUGGUUUGCCUGGCGCUACCAGCUGCAGGAGUUCAAGAGGCAGUUCCGGGUGGUGGCGCUGGACCUGCGGGGCUAUGAGGGUUCAGACGCCCCGUGCAGGAAGCAGCAUUACCAGAUGGAGGCCCUGCUGGAGGACGUGCAUGGUGUCAUCCAAGUGCUGGGCACCAAGGACCAGAAGGGCUUUACCAAGUGUAUCUUGGUGGGGCAUGACUGGGGUGGCGCCAUUGUGUGGGAGUUCGCCAUGAAUCACCCUGACAUGGUGGAGAAGCUCAUUAUCAUGAAUGCCAUCCACUCGUCCAUUCGUAAAGAGUACAUAGCCUGCCACCCCUGCCAGCUGCUGCGCUCCAGCUACAUAUUCAUGUUCCAGCUGCAGAGGCUGCCUGAGCUGCUCUUGUCUUUGGGUGACUUCCAGGUGUUGAAGGACACUUUGGCAGGCAGGAAGGGAGGAAUCCAGAACCCCGAGCGGCGCCUGACAGCACAGGAGCUGGAGGCCUACAUAUUCGGCUUCUCCAAGCCCGGAGCACUGACACCACCCCUCAAUUACUACUGGAACAUAUUCAGCAGGAGCCCUAUGCAGUGCAAGGACAUGCUGGUGCCCAUGCUGGUGAUCUGGGGGGAGAAGGACGUGUACCUGGAGGCUGGGAUGAUCCCCCUCCUGGAGCAAUAUGCGCGCAAGCGCUGCCGCGUGGAGCACAUCCCUGAGGCCAGCCACUUCGUCAGCGAGGACCAGCCCGACAAGGUCAAUCAGCUGAUCUGGAGCUUCCUGCGGGAGAGUGACUGAGCGGGUCUGGUGCCAUGCCUGGGCCCCAUUUACUGGCUUGGGUGUGGCAGGGCAGGGACCUGAUCCUGGCAAACCAGCCCUGGACCCUCCACUGGGCCAAGUGCCCCCACGCCCCUGCACAAAUUGGUCUUGUGCAGCUGGAGAGCAGCAGCUGCUGGCUGGGAGCCCAGCUCUGAAGGCAGAGCUGCCGUUGGC